GUCGCCCGACUGUCCUGUCCUCUGCUCUUACUGCCUGUUAGAACCCGGGAAAGGUAGUAUGUGGUAAUCAGUCAAUGAUGCUGGCGUGGUGCUUGCUGGCGUUGCCGCUGGCGGGUGCGGCUUUGAGCUGCGAGCUAGCGCCGGCGCAGGGGCUAACGCAGGCGGACAAGGCGCCCGGCGACAACUUCUAUAGACUCGUCGUCAACGGCGAGAUCGAGCGCUAUACGCCCGGAAACAGAUAUGUCGUGACAUUGGUGGGAUCCCGCACGCACGACGUGGUGCAGCAGUUCACCCGCUUCAAGCUGGUUCUGGAUCCUCUUGAUCCAGGGGCUCCACGCUCCCCUGGUCGCCAAGGCCAGUUCCAGUUGUUCGCGGACACACUGUCGCGCUUCGACCAGGAGUGCGUCAACUCUGUGAUGGAAGCCGACGACUUGCCCAAGACCGAGGUGCAGGUCAUGUGGAAGGCGCCGCCGGCGGGGUCGGGAUGCGUGCUCAUCAAAGCGAUGGUGUACGAGAACGAGUCCCGGUGGUUCGCGGAGGACGGGCAGCUGACGCGACGCGUCUGCGAGGACACCUCUCUCUCCGCACCCGACUGUUGCGCUUGUGACGAUGCCAAGUACAAGAUGGUAUUCGAGGGUUUAUGGUCUCCUCAAACGCACCCAAAGGACUUCCCGACCCAAGCGCUAUGGCUGACACACUUCUCCGACGUCAUCGGGGCCACGCAUCUGAAGAACUUCUCCUUCUGGGGCGAAGGGCAGAUCGCUACCGAUGGUUUUAGGUCACUGGCGGAAUGGGGCUCCGUGGGGCUGUUGGAGCGGGAAUUGCAGCAGCAGGGUCCGCAGCUGCGAUCGAUCGUGAAGGCGCAGGGCCUGUGGCACCCGCGCCUCAAUGGCAACACCUCGGCCACGUUCAGUGUGGACCGACGUCGGCAUAUGUUCUCGCUCGCCUCCAUGUUCGGUCCGUCUCCCGACUGGGUGGUGGGUGUGAGCGGGUUGGACCUCUGCCAGAAGGACUGCUCGUGGCUGGAGUCUAAGGUGGUGGAUCUCUUUCCUUAUGACGCAGGCACUGACAACGGCAUCUCUUACAUGUCGCCGAACUCGGAGACGGUGCCUCGCGAGAAGAUGUACCGCAUCACGCCCAUGUACCCGGAGGAUCCACGUGCGCCCUUCUACGCGCCCGGAGGAGAUAUCGCGCCUCUGGCGCGGCUGUACCUCUCGCGGGAGGCCAUCGUGCCCAGGUCUUGCGACGAGCAGCUGCUGCUCUCGCAGGUCACCGAGGAGGCGGAGAACACGCAGUCCGUCAACAGACCGGAGUGCGCGGUCACGGAGUGGACGGCGUGGACGCCGUGCUCGGUGCCGUGCGGCAAGGGGCUGCGCAUGCGCACGCGCGAGUACCGCCUGCCGCAGAAGGCGCAGAUGCUGGGCUGCGACCGGCAGCUGGUCUCCAAGGAGAUGUGCGUCGCCGCCGUGCCGGAGUGCGAGGCCGACCGCGCGGGCGCCGCGGAGGCCGACCGGUCGGCGACGGCGCCGGGCGCCGUCUGCGCCACCGGCGACUGGGGCGCCUGGAGCGAGUGCUCGGCCACCUGCGGCGCGGGGCUGGCCACCCGGAGGCGCCACUUCCUGGACCGGAUGGGGCCCAAGAGGUGCCCGCUCGUGCAGACCGAGGAGUCCCGCAAGUGCAUGGAGCCGCCGUGCGCCGAGGACGCCCUCGCGGAGCCGCCGGACCCCUCGUGCCCCGCCACGGACUGGUCGUCGUGGUCGCCCUGCUCGGCGUCGUGCGGCCGCGGCGUGCGCUUCCGCACGCGCCUGCUGCUCGUGCCCGCCGACCGCCAGCAGCCCUGCUCCGCCAAGGUCGAGCUCGUGCAGCAGCGGCCCUGCCAGGAGAAGGAGGACUGCACCCUCGACAUGCAAACCGCUAAGCGAGUGUGCAUGGAGGAGCCGGAGGUGGGCCCGUGCCGCGGGAUGUACCGGCGCUGGGCCUUCGUAGCGCCGAAGGCAAUGUGCGUCCCCUUCUCGUACGGCGGCUGUCGCGGCAAUAGAAACAAUUUCCUUACGCAAGAGGACUGUCUCGCCACCUGUAACGUCGUGCUUGGCGGCGGCGGCGGCGCGGCUGCGACAGGGGCGAGCGGGCAGGCAGGCGCACCCCAUGCAAGCGUCAAUUCUAUCGUGCCGGUGACCUUCAACACGUUUGGCGUUGUAGGCGAUCCGACACUGGUGGACAACGAGGCGGACUGCCGCGUGAGCGCGUGGAGCGACUGGUCGCGCUGCAGCGUCACUUGUGGCGUUGGGUACCAGGAGCGCAAGCGCACCGUUCUCGCGCAGCCGGGUCCCGGCGGCGCGCCAUGCCCAGCCAAGAUGGCGCGUCGGCGCCGCUGCUCGCGCCCGUGUUAACUUCGUGGGGCAAAACACUUUAAACGCUUCCAUUAAAGUUACGCUAAUACUUCUUUAGACACGUUCUAUUUCAGAAUAAUUUAGGCAUUUAAAAAAUAUCUAGCAUUUAAAUUAGCCUGACAGUGAGAUAUUCGGUGCUGUGCGUAACCCACUUAAUUGAACCAACAACCGAAUUAAUCAUGUUUUGUUGAAAAAUGUAGUUUUGAUGUGUACUCAUUAUUAGUAUAUUACGCGAUUGCCGUGCAUUUAUAGCAUUUACUAUGUUUGUACUUUUUUAUCACUUGCGAUCAGAAGCUUGUAAAAUAAUAAAAUUUAUUACAUCCUAUUAAAUACUAAAUAGUUUUAUUUGAUAUUUUCUAUUGAAAUUUCAAUUAACUAGUAUAGGUUAACUACUACCUACUAGCAUACUUUCCAUUUGGUUUACUCUCUGCCACCCUGACUAACGUACCGUUACUAUAGUGGUAAAUGCCUAUAGUGUUUAGUAUAAAAGCCCAGUGAGACAGAGUAACGAAAUCUGAUGAGAUUGACAACAUUCACAAUUGUGUGAUCAUCAUUAUAAAAAGUGUGAUCUUAACGUCGAUAUUAACGUUGUAUUCAUUGCCAGCAACUCACUUGCGCCUACGCAUCGGUUAAUGAUAUGCGGUAGGUGACAUCACUGGAGGAAAAUAUUCUUUGCAAUAAUUUUAUGGAAAUUCAUUAAGUUGUCUGCUUUGUUGCUGUAAUUUCCAAAGAAUGGUUUGGUCACAACCGUGGAUUAUUGUCAUACAAUUACUCAGACGCUGUACCUAAUGCUUGUUUUUGUUUCACGGUAGUUUUAAACCGCGUAAUUAGCUAAUUUUGAAUAUCAAUUAGAAUCUUAUUAUGGAACGUAUACAUUGCUCUCAUACUUAAAUGAUUUUGUGACUUUGUCAAGAACAGACGGUUUAUGUGU